AUGGGGUGCGCUGCCUCAAAGGUGGAGGAUCUUCCGGCGGUGGCUUUAUGCCGAGACCGGUGCAAGUUCCUGGAGGAAGCUCUCAGCCAAACCCAAGCCAUGUCCGAUGCUCACGUGGCUUACUUGGCCUCCCUCAGGACACUUGGCCCCGCUCUCCACCGUUUCUUCGAUGAUGUUAAUACCAUUCAGAAUCAUUGUAAUUGUAAUGGACCACCAGAAUCAGAAUCAGAAUCCGACUCGGCCUCGCACCUCCAAUUCUCUUCCGACUCCGAAUCCGAAACCGAACUCAAGGGCCCCCGUAAACAGUCGGACGAAGCGCCAACUCCAGUUAAUGAUGGUGAUGAAUAUUACAGGAAUUUAGGCGGCGGCUUGGCUUCCAAACCCCCUCCUCCGCCACCGUCUCCAAUCAGCUCCACGUGGGAUUUGUUUAAUUUCUUUGACGCCUAUGACAGGGAGAGAUACUCACCAUCCCCGCUUUAUUCUUCUACUCAUUUGGAGCCUGAAGAAGCUGCUACUCCUGCUGCUGACAAAAUCAAACAUAAAAAUAAUAAUAUUAAUAAUGACAUUGGACAGCAGGAAGAACAACAGACUAGGCCGAAAGAGAAGAGUAAGAAGACGAUUCAUUUGGCCACGUCUUUCGAACACAACAAACAGAACGAACAGAACGAACGGGGUGUCUCCGCAGAAGCAGAGGCCAUGCGAGAGCUUCACUUUCUGUUUGACAGAGCGUCUGAGUCCGGCAAUCAAGUUUUGAAGUCGCUGCAGUCUCACCAUCACACAAUUUCUCUACAUCAGGAGUAUGGCUUUGGUAACCAUGAAGGCUUGGGGAUGAGCUCACAGAGCCUAUCUUACCUCUUCUUGUGGGAAAAGAAACUUUACGGCGAAGUCAAGGCUGAGGAAAGAUUGCGCGUAACGCAUGAGAAGAAGAGUCGAAUGCUGAAACAAUUGGAACACAAUAAGGCCACCGCUGAGUCUCCUAAAAUUGAAUCUGUUCGGACUGCACUUCGCAAUGUUUCAACAAAAAUGAAAAUUGCAAUUCAUAUUGUUGACAAAAUAUCAGUUACCAUAAACAAGUUGAGGGACGAGGAGUUGUGGCCGCAGAUUGUUGAAUUCAUUCACAGAUUACUUGGAAUGUGGAAAGGUAUGGUCGAAUGUCACAAGAGUCAAUACCAAGCAAUUGCGGAAGCCUCCAAGGGUUUGGAUGCAAUUGCAAUAUCCAACGCGAAGUUGAACGGUGUGCAUGAUCUUGAAACCGCAAUUCAACUCAAGUUAGAGCUUCAAAACUGGAAUGUAUGCUUCUCCAAUUGGAUUGCCACCCAAAAGGGGUAUGUAAAAGCAUUAAAUGGUUGGCUUCUCAGAUGUCUUCUACAGGAACCAUCACCGCAGUCAGAUGAGGAGGGUGAUGCAGCAGAAGUAGUACCUCUGUCUCCUGGUAGACUCGGUGCACCCCCAGCUUUUGUGAUAUGUAAUCAGUGGUCUCAAGCUAUGGAUAGACUCUCAGGGAAGGAAGUUAUUGAAGCUAUCCGGGGAUUUUACACUCGUAUACAUUUGCUUUUAAUGGAACACCACGUUGAUGCAGAAACAUUGCUGCAAAGAAUGGCAAUUGAAAACAAAGAUGUAGCAAGGAAACUAAGGCUUGUGGAGGAGGGGAAGGAGGAGGAGGAGGAGCAAAGGAUAAUGCAAAAGGUGCUGAUGCGAGGUAGAGGAAAAAAGAAUAUUAUUGGUUUGAGUUUGCAGGCAGCACAAGAGGAGGGUGGAGAGAGAGAGUAUAAUAAUAGAUCAAGGAAUCUAGUAUGGGAUCUGAAGCAGACAUUAAUGGCCAUGGAAAAAUUCACUGCAAACUCACUGAAAGCAUACGAAGAGCUUGAUGCACACAUUGUACAAGUCAACAGCCCCGGCCUGUGUGUCUGA